AUGUUGGACACGAUUAUUAAAAACGGCCUAAUCGCCACGGAAAGCGGGGUGCUUCCAGCAGGGCAAAGCAUUGGAAUUUGCGAUGGGAAGAUAUCCGUCAUUGGAUAUGACAUCCCUGAAGGGCCUGAGACCAGAGUAAUAGAUGCCCAGGGAGCAUAUAUCACCCCCGGAGGGGUAGACUCGCAUGUCCAUCUCGCGCAAAGGAACGCACCGACUGGAGAUAACUGGGAGACAGGGACACGCAGCGCAGUUGCUGGAGGAACCACAACCGUUCUUGCAUUCGCAUCACAGACAAAGGAGAUGGAGUCUCUGUUCCCGGUUCUCGAAGACUACCACAACAAAUCUCGAGAACAGUCCUAUUGCGAUUAUGGGUUCCACUUCAUCCUCACAAACCCGACUGAAAAGAUUCUCAACGAAGAACUCACCGUUAUUGCAAAGCAAAAAGGGAUUACAAGUGUCAAAUUGUAUAUGACCUAUGAAUUGUACAAGCUGUCUGAUCGCCAACUGCUUGAAACAAUGCUAGCUUGUCAGUCAUUGGGAUUGACCACGAUGAUCCAUGCCGAGAAUAGUGAAAUCAUAGAAUUUUUGAUCCAGGGCUUGGAAAGAAACGGACACACGGAUCCCUUCUUCCACGCCGUCGCAGGCCCCAAGAUUGCAGAGGAUGAGGCCUCGUAUCGUGCUAUUAGACUUGCGGAACUGGUGGGCGCGCCAGUCCUACUUGUUCAUGUCUCUUCUGAUGGAGCAAUGAAGCAUAUAAGAGAUGCACAGACGAGGCUCCUACCUAUCCACGCUGAAACAUGUCCUCAUUACCUCUUCCUCUUAUCUGAAAGACUAAGGGCACACGAGCAUGACGCCUUUCACGGCGCGAAAGGUGUAUGCUCCCCUCCUCUUCGUCACCAUGUGGAGGAUCUUGAGGCGCUUUGGAAUGGCAUUGCAAAUGAUACAUUCACAGUUUUCUCCUCAGAUCAUGCCCCAACCAAAUAUGAUCACCCUCAAGGAAAGAAGGCUGGUAUAAUCAAUGGCAUUCCGAAGUUCAGUAAAAUUCCCAAGGGUAUUCCUGGCAUUGAAACCCGGUUGUCUCUUUUGUUCAGCGAGUCAGAAGGCUGUCUCCCCACAAGUCAAGCAAGAUUAAGCCUCGAGCGAUUUGUCCAACUCACAUCCGGCAAUCCAGCAAGAUUGUAUGGGUUGACGUCGAAGGGUGCAAUUAUGCCAGGCCUAGAUGCGGAUCUGGUGAUUUGGCAUCCACAAAACCAAGGAGAAAGAAUUAUCUCUCAGGAGAAUCUUCACCAUGAUGUUGACUACACCCCUUUCGAAGGGAUGCGGGUGAGGAAUUGGCCCCGGUUUACUAUCCUUCGUGGUGAGGUCGUUUGGAACGCAGAUGAGAACCGUGUCACGGGCGUCAAGGGAUUUGGCAAAUAUCUCAAAAGGGGUAAUGGCCGUGUUUUAGUUGGAAAGUUGGGUCGGCAACCAGCCGGUAUGAUCGAAGGGGAGUGUGAUUUAUGGCGUCCUAAAACUGUUGUUCAAUGA